GAGGCACUUCCGGUGUGGACGGUUGCAGGUGUGAGCCCGGAGAAUCCGGUAAUUCCGCCGUCAGCAGGUUGCAAAUACCUCGGCCCGGACGUUCCUCUCUAUUGUCCAGAUUAACUGAACGAUGGAUCGGCAUAGUGGAAACAAUGCAUCUCAGUCACAAAGCCUUAACCAAUUAUCAACCAUAAACAAUCCAUCGUUGCCUCUAGGUUCAGGGCAGCAAGCAUCCAUCUUGCAAGUCGGUGGUCAGUCUUUCCUGAUAUUGACCGCGGGGCAAUCAUCGUCUCCACUUCAGGGUCUUGGAGUUAAUUUGGUAUCAGUUGGUGGACCUGAUGCUUCCUUAUUACAGACUGGUGGACCCCAAGAACAGCUUCUUCAAGGAAGGUGUGUUCAACCAGCUAUCAUUCAGAUUGGUGGAAUCCAACCUCUCUUUAACCAAACUGGAAGAGUUCAGCCCAACGUUGUCCAGAUUCGUGGUCCUCAGCCUGCUACUAUACAGCUUGGCCCUGGUGUUCAGCCACAAACCGUCCAAGCCAAUGAGUUCAAACCAUCUCAGUCCAUCAGUCCACUUGACACUAGAGUUCAGGUUGGUGAGCUGCGGUCUUUAUCAGUUCAAGGUGGACAUACAGUUCCACCUCAAUUGGCAACUUCGCAAAUUCAUGCUCCCAAAUUUACGAGCGUGCCUUUAGUUGAGGGCAGAGUUCAGUCAGUUAUAACCCAGACCGGUGGUGCUACGCCUCUCUUAAACCAAACUAGUAGAGCUCAACCAAGUGCUGUCCAGAUUGGUGGCCAUGUGACUUCCUCAGUCCAGGUGGGUUCUACCACUCCUCUGGGAAUGGUAAAGACUAAAACAAGCAAAAUCAGGACUCAGACUACGACAGAAAAAACAUUUCACCCUGCUGUAGUUCAGAAGAGUGGAACAAUGCCACCCUUGAGUGAGACUGGAAGAUUUCAGGGCAGGAUUGCCCAGUUUGGUAGGCUUCAGUCUUCCUCGACCCAAGUUACAAGUGCUGUUCCAAUACAGACUGAAUUUUCCCAGUCCCAUGCCACGUUUAAGACAGAGCCUGGACUUGAAGAGCCGGCUGAGAUGCUAACAAUCCAAGCUAGCGGACAUUAUGCAGAAACUACCAAUGCGAUUCAUUUUGGUACCCCAACAGUUCAGCCAAGCCUAUUCCAACCAUCGUUGGGGCAUGCUGGUGGUAGACUCCACACGUUGGCUCCCCAAGAAAAUGCUUUAACCAAAAAGAACAAACAUUCCUCAACAAAGAAGGGAUCCAAAUGUCAGCAAGACACCCCUAAAUACACAGACGUUGCGGGCUCAGCCUACGAUCUGAUAAAAAUGGAGCACACUUACACUAACACAACCAAGAUGAGCAAAAGCAUUGGGACACAAGCAAAAAUCUCAUCAAAGAGUAAAAGUCAAGCCAUUCAGUUUCCUGAGAACAGUUUUGGGGAACCUGAAGUGCCGACCUACCAGGAAUGUUCCACACAGUGUGAGGAAUCCUUCUGGCCUGAAGGAGUUGGUUUUCGGCAGAACAGAGAAUCUUAUCCCGAAAAAGUGGAAAUCGUACGAGAUCCCGAACCAGAGAGCGUCGGCGUAUUUUUUCCGGGGGCUUCUCUCGGGGACAGUGAUGAAGCGUGGAACAUGGAAGGAGCCGAGAAGUGGAUACACAAAUCUUAUCAGGCUGAACACCCGCACUUUGAUGACAUAGCGGUUUAUUUCACAGAAGAGGAGUGGGCGUGUUUAAACGAUAAAGAGAGAAACCUGUAUAAGAGGGUGAUGAUGGACAAUUACUGGAACCUCGUGGCUGUAGGGAAGAUAAGUGUAACGCCCCCGUUGAUAUCAAAGAUUGAGAGAGGAGAAGAGCCCUGCAUAAGGAGCCUACAGCAGGCUGACCACAAGCAGUUCUCAGACCAUGCCGAUGAUGUAUCAAGCCAGAAUAUCUUCGCUGAAAGUUAUAAUAUUCAACGCUUCUACGAACGCUUAAAAAUGAUCACCACUCCCAUGAGGCUUGCCAAUGCCGGCCUGACUGAGACCAGAAUAAUGUCUGACCCGUCGUCUUGUGAGCCAUCUCAGGCUGCCCAGGGUGAGCCCAGGAUUAAAAACCCCGGUGAUCAGUGUCCUUACAAGCCUUUCCUGAAGGAAAAACUGGUGAUCAACGAGAGGCCCUUCCGUUGCGUCAAAUGUGAGCAAACGUUCAAGCUGUUUGGCAAUCUCAGCCGUCACUAUCAAAGGGUGCACCAAAGCGAGAACCACCUCACUUGUUCCGAAUGCGGUAAAAAAUUCUCAAAUAUGAAAGCUCUCCUUCUCCAUUUGAUGAGACACACGGGAGAGCGACCCUUCAUCUGUACGGGUUGCGGGAGGACUUUCACAUCCCAGGUUUGUCUCAACAACCAUUAUGGGUUAAAUUCGAAAAAGAAGAAGCAGUACGAGUGCUCGGAAUGCGGGAAGAACUUCACUCUGAAACAUUGCCUCAUCAAACAUGAGCAGCUUCACCAAAUGGAUAGGCACAACGUGUGUCUGGUCUGCGGGAAGAAGUUUGUGCAUGAGUCCGGCCUUCGGCUCCACGAGAAAAUCCAUGGCAGUCAUUACAUCUGCUCCCAGUGCGGGCAAAAUUUCAGCUGCAAGGAGGACUGUGAGAAGCACAUGCUAGACCACAGGCAGAUGCAACUGUUUGUAUGCACUGAAUGCGGUAAUGCCUUCUUCGACGAAAGCCAGCUCAUCGAGCAUCAGAAACUGCACCAGGCCGACUACACCAACUUGUAUCCUGACCUGGUGAUCAAGGUGGAGGAAGAAGAUUGAAGAAAUGUUUAAUGGCAAACUUUAGUUUGUGGGCUGAGCUACAUUGGCAAUUUUGAUUGCAGUUUGUGAGAAGGAGGUUUUUGGUUCUAGAGCAAACUUUCCAAACAAAGAGACAGUUUACUGUCCUUCAGACUUUAGGGAGGCCAGACUGUGGCCAUUGGGAGUAGA